AUGUCGAAGCAGUGCUACGCCACAGACUCCCCCUUCGAGGAUCUCAUCGGCUACUAUCGCGCCGUCCGCCACGGCCAACACAUCUUCGUCUCCGGCACAACCUCCGUCGAUCCCACCACAAGCAUCCCGCAGAUUCUUUUCCCCGGCGACGCAAAGCAACAGACGCGCGUGGCGCUGCAGGAAUGCAUCAAAGCCGUCAAAGCCAUGGGGGGACGCGGUCCCGAAGACAUUGUGCGUGUGAAGAUGUUCGUUAGUCGGCGGGAGGACUGUCGCGCCGUGGGGGAGGGAUUCAAGGAGAUUCUGGGCAAGGAAAAUGCUAGCAGUAGCGACACGCCGAUUGGAGCAGCUGCGACCAUGAUUGUGGUGCACAAUGGGUUCAUCGACCCCGACAUGCUGGUCGAGAUCGAAGUGGACGCUAUUGCGGUAGACUAG